GUUCAUUUGGUUAUUUUCUUUCUGGAAUGCAGUGUGCCAGUAGUGUUUGUUUUUGUUAUCCUUGUUCCCUCCUUACCCUGCUCCUGGGCAGGAAAGUGCUAGCAGCCUUGCUUCAUAGGUUGGCAGGAAAUUUAAAACAGCAGUAAGCUGCUCCUCGGACCACCCCCAGACUUUUUUUUUUUUUUUUUUUUCCCAUUGAUGCAGGAGACUAUUUAAUUGGGGGCUGACUUGUCAAACUCACCCUUUGACGCUUACCAGUAGCUGCCUAACCACUAACGGUGAUUUUUUGCCUCCCUUCCUCCUCCUUUGGACGUGCUCGCCACAAUGAAGAUGCUGCUGAGCCUGAUCGCUCUGCUCUCUGCUGCCCUGCUAGCCCGUGCAGCCCCUCCAACUUGCUACUCCAGGGUGUUGUCUCUGAGCAAAGAAAUCACAGAGUCUUUUAAGGAGUUGCAGACCUCCAAGGCUGCGGACCCAUGUGUGGAGACGCUGCCCAGGCUGUACUUGGACAUCCACAAUUACUGUGUGCUGACAAAACUCCGUGAUUUUGUGGCCUACCCCAGAUGUGAGAGAGUGAUUGAAGUGAGUGAUCUGAAGGAAAAAGCCCGUAGCCUGUACACCAUUAUGAUCUCCUACUGUAGAAGGGACUUGGUGUUCCUCACCGAUGACUGUAGUGCUCUGGAAAAUUCUGUUGAGACCUCUGAUGAAAUUGACAGCUAAAAUGGAGUCAGACCCAAAGUUGUACCUGGGAAAUAUUCACAGAGACCAAGAGUCAAAAUAUAUACACACAGUCAGCUAUAACAUUAACUGCUAAAAUAUUUUUCAAGCACACUAGCAAUAUUGUCUCAGACCUACCCAUUUUUCUCAGCCUUGGCAGGAAAUGAACUGCAUGCCUUACAUACCUACAGAGCUGCUAGGAAAACUAUGGUUAGAAAGCAUUUUUUUCAUUUGGCAAGGUAUGAUAUUUCAGCUUAGCCAAAUGUAUAAAGUAUGUUUUGUUUAAACACUAGGUAUUAGAUUUUAAAACUCUUUUAUGAAUAGCUAGACUCAUAGAAAAUGUAUUAUGAUCAAUAUUCUAUCCUGACUUAGAAGUUCUUUUAUCAGAUGGCCAUGGAAGGAACCUUGUUUUCUUGUGUUCUUGCUUUUCUUAAAGGAGGAGUAUAACUGUGUACUGGCAGAAGUAUAGCUCAUAUAUAUAUGCUGAUAGUUUUUGAUGUCAGACUUGUAAGAACAGAGGUGAAAGUAUCUUGUCUCGGUGAAAAAUAAAUAAAUAAAUAAAUAAAAACAGCCUUCUAACCCAA